AGACAGUCAAAACAGAAAAUGUCAACAAAAUACUUCAAUCAAAAAGUAAACCUGCUGAGGCCUUUCAUUGGCAUCAUUGUGCUGCAAUUUGGCUAUGCAGGAAUGUCCAUAGUUUCUAAGUUUGCUCUAGACCGAGGAAUGAGCCUGCACGUCUUGGUAGUAUACCGGCAUGUUGUAGCCGCUGUUGUUAUUGCCCCUUUCUCCAUUUUAAUGGAAAGGAAAACAAGGCCCAAGAUGACCUCCUCUGUCUUCAUUAAGAUUUUGUUGCUUGGCUUAUUGGAGCCUGUAAUUGACCAAAACUUGUUUUAUACUGGGAUGAAGUAUACCACAGCGACUUUUGCAUCUGCCAUGUGCAAUAUUCUUCCUGCAUUUGCAUUCAUAAUGGCUUGGAUUUUCAGGCUUGAAAAGGUUGAUAUCCAAAGAAUUCAUAGCCAAGCAAAGCUGUUGGGAACUUUGUUGACUGUUGUAGGAGCGAUGGUUAUGACUUUGGUUAAUGGCUCAAUGUUGGAUUUUCCUUGGACAAAAGAGAACAACGACCAUGGAUAUGUCAAAGCUGCAACUAAUGAAAACUAUCUCAAGGGUGGUCUUAUGCUUACAACAGGUUCUAUGUGCUGGUCUAGUUUCAUCAUACUUCAAGCAAUUACACUCAAAUCAUACCCUGCUGAGCUCUCCCUAACAGCUUUGAUAUGUUUGAUGGGAGCAAUUGAAGGUUCAAUUGCAGCAAUAAUACUGGAAUGGGGAAAUCCUGCAGCAUGGUCCAUAAGAUUAGAUUCCUCCUUAAUAGCUGCUCUUUACAGUGGAAUAGUUUGUUCUGGAUUUGGCUACUAUAUCCAAGGAGUGGUCAUGAAAGAUAGGGGUCCUGUUUUCGCUACUGCUUUUAAUCCUAUCGGCAUGAUUAUUGUUGCAAUAUUGAGUUCCUUCAUUUUUUCAGAGAUACUGUACUUGGGACGGGUUAUCGGAGCAGUUAUCAUUGUAUUAGGCUUGUACAUGGUCCUGUGGGGUAAGACCAAGGACCAUCUUCCAUCUGAAACAAGUGAAAAAGUGUCAACAACAAUAGAUGAACACAUUAUCGUUAUGAAUGAGAAUUUGAAGGUAUCAAAGCAAGACAAUGUGGCUGAUUAUAAUGACAUUAGGGAGACACCCUCAAAGGAAUCUGUUUAAAAGAACUAACAAUCAUAAUAGGAUUACAAAGUAGAAACUUUCUUUCUUAUUAUCCUGUUACUUGUAACUAGUUUCUUCAAGUAAGAAACUUGUGUUAGUUUAUGUAUAUGGGAAGGCAGG